UUCUUUGGACUCCUUUUGUGGAUAUAGUGGCUUGUUACAAAUUUUAACCAUCUUUGCACGUUUCCGAGACUGUAGAUCUGCGUGACAUCCUGUUGUAAACAUGUACUUUAUUAAAGAAGAGAGUGAAAGUGAAGACAUGACUGAUCAAACACAAUGCAGAGUAAAAACUGAAGAUAUCGAGGAACAAAUAGACUUAAAGGUGAAAGUGGAAAGUCAAGAACUGAAUGAAGAGCGGAAGCAUGAUCACGGUCAGAAUCCCAUAAGAAUUCGCACCGGGGAAAAGCGUUACACGUGCAAUCAGUGUGGAAAGAGUUUUAAAUAUCAUGGACACCUUACUAUGCAUGUGCGAAUUCACACUGGAGAGAAACCUUUCACAUGCCAUCAGUGUGGAAUGAGUUUCAUUCAAAAAGUAAACCGGGAUAUUCACAUGAGACGUCAUACUGGAGAGAAGCCUCACACUUGUCGUCAGUGUGGAAAGGGUUUCACAUUUCAAGGAAACCUUAGUAUGCAUAUGCGAACUCACACUGGAGAGAAACCUUACACUUGCCAUCUGUGUGGAAAGAGUUUCACACAGAAAGUAAACCUGAAUGUGCACAUGCAUCUUCAUACUGGAGAAAAGCCUUUCACGUGCCAUCAUUGUGGGAAGAGUUUCAUGCGUAAAGGAAGAUUUAAUUUGCACACGCAAAUUCAUACUGGAGAAUAACCUUUCCCGUGACAUCAGUGUGGCAGUCUCAAAGUACACCUGAACAUUCCUGCAAAUAGGAAGCCUUACUUGUGCCCUCUUUAUAUAAAUCGGCAUCGUUUAAAAAGGCACCAGACAAUACAUACUAGUGAGAAAAUUCCACUAAUAGCAAUAAUCAGUAUAGUAUAGACAUGUACUAGUUAUUGUAGUUAAAUAAUGUAUAUUAAUAACAAUGCUAUUUAUUACUAUAUCUUAUAAGAUAAGUUCUCUAAUAUGUAGUGUACACUGUUUUGACUGAAUAGUAUGAAAUUACCAGUGAUGAAAUGGAGCAAAAAAACAUUUUCAACUUUAGACUUCCUUCAAAAAAGUUAAUUGAUUCUUGCAUUUAUUUAUUUUUUAUUAAUAUAUAUGGCAAGAACGAUAGGUUGUGGAAAGAUGAAGUUGGUGUUAUUUUCUAGAAUUGAAUCUAGGCAUCAAAAAAUCAUAUUCACAUGAUAGCGUAUGGUCUAUGUCAAUGCUGGUAGACCAAAACGCUUUGGAGGCAGGUACAUAGACAACAAAGUGAAAUAAAUAGUAAAGCACAUUGUUAUACCUUGCAAAUCUUUAUCAGAUUACAACAUUCCGGUCAGAGAACCUCUUAAUGCUUUUAAUUUUUCUGAAAAAGUUGCCAGGGUAACCUCUAAAGAAACCUGUGAUGACAUCAAGAACAUGCGACAGUAAAUUCCCCACUUUCUUUGAGGCCAGUUUGCUAAAUGCCCUUAAUUUUAAGAAGCGUUUUAUUACUGUUCCGCAUUACAUGCCUUCCUUGUGAAAAAACAUGUAUGCACGUCCUAUUUACUCAUGUUUGGUAAUGUGUACAUGUUUAACCCUUAAAGCUGAAGUAUGUACCUUUUUCUGUUAAAAAACUUUCUCCUAUCCCAGCUGAAUAUGCAGAAACAACUGUAAGCCAUUUUAUCGUAAACUGUAAACGCUGUCUCUCUGAUGCUAUAAAAAUACCUUUGUUUUUGGUGACCUGUCUAGACCCUACCCAACAACAUUGCUCAACCGAUGGCAUGAGGUGGAGGCGGGACUAUCUCUUUGUUUCAUCAACGGCAUAAGAGGGCCGUCUUCAGAAAGCUGUUUUGAAAAAAAAUUUGUGAUUCCAUUCGUUGGCUCAAGUGUUGCAGAAACUACUAACUCAUGCAUACUCGUCUUUUAGUAAAGCUAUAAACACUUAGAUUUGACAUAAUAAUGGAUAAUACCAUUUGUUUCAGUCAAGAACGACAGGGUGGGCUACAUUUGGAAGUGACCAUCCCUGUGCCCUCUUCCCUUGCACGACUUUACCAUGUGAGAGUUUCUGAGGGCUAAAAGGUUUUGGGCUCAAUAAGUCAGUUUGGAAUUGCUGUUAUUUAACAAGUCAUUUGUAUUUGAAUUUGUGUUUUGAACAACCCUGCAGCUUGGCUGCCAUGUUUGUUCUUACUUCAAAGUGCUGUGUGAGAAGUUCAGUGACUCAUAACACAUUCACAUAAAGAAAUCUAAUAUAUGACCAUUUAUAAACAUAAAUAUAAAAUUAUAGUUCAGAUAUUUGAGCAUGUUGCGUAUUCAGAUUCGACUCGUUUUUGGGGAAUUAUAUGCUACAAAUAUAUUAUAAUAAUAACAAUAGUACAUUGUAGUUGUUAUGCACUCUUCUCAACCCAAAGCGCUACAAGCUUAGGAAAAAUAACAAAAUUUUCAAACAAUGAAAUUUAAAUACAUAUACCACAGCAUGAAACAUUCUAUCCAGUAAAAGUUAUAUUAAAAAGGUGGGUUUUCUUAAAACAGUCCAGAGUGGGGCAUUUCGGACAGCAAUGGGAAGAGCAUUCCAUUACUUGGGGUCAGUAAAAGAGAACGCUCUCUUACCUGUGGUUUUUAGUUUAUUGGAAGGAUGUUUUGAAAUAUUUUGCAUACAAGGAUGUGGAAUGAUCUGUGAAAACUAUAUGAAUGUAAAUUGUAUCUAUCAGGGUACUCACUGGUCCUUAAAAAGUCUUACAUUUUCUGCUGGUCAGAGUGGAUUGUGAGGGAGGUUAAUACAGAGAAUGAGAGUGGAGUGUUGGGAUCGUUUGAAAAUAUGGUCCAAUAUUUCAGGAUUCCCAGAUCUCAGUUCUUUUAGGUAUUUACAGCUGUGCCACUAGUUCUGUACUAUUAUUGGGAGUAGCAUACACCCCCUGUAAAGUGGCAGAUACUCUGGGAGUGGUGAUUACUGCUUUUGGAAAAGGUCAUGAAGCAUCAGUGUAUUACUCCCUGCUAAUUCAGAGUCUGAGGGACGGAGCUUCAACUUCACUCAGAAGAUUAUGAGAGAGAGAUUUAAACUUGGUAUUGGAGGAGGGGAUGUGGGGGCUAAGAAUCUUAAAAAACGUCUACAUCUAGAGAUUCAAGGGUGCGUCUGAUGCAAUUUAAGAUUUUGCAUAGAUUAUAUUCGACACCCUCUAGAUUGUAUAGACUUGAUCUUAAAGACACCCACCUGCUGGCGAUGCCAAUCAGAAGACGGGGACACAACCCUGUUGUGGGCUAUGUUAAUAUACAAGAAUUUUGGUUGAGGGUUCAGUGAUUUUGGUGUGAUGUAUUAGACACAAAUAUUUAUUUUGCCCCAGCCUCUUAGGUGAUGGGGUCAUUCAUUUGGGGAUAGCCACUUAAAAAGUUGGGUCCUAGCCAGAGUGAUGAUUGGCAGACAAAUUAUUCUUGGGGGGUGGAAGAUUGCUGGGGCACCCAAGUUUUGGGAGUGGUGCAGGGAGAUGGAUGGGGUGGCAGCUUUAUUUUUAUAUUAUUUUAUAAUUGUAAGUGACCACUGUAGUGCGUGUUUGUAUCGGGGGUGGGGGGUUUAAUUUAUAUAACUGAUUCCCAUUUUAUGAUGUUGUGUUUAUCUCUCU